UUAUCUUAAGGUGAUUAUAUUAUCUAUACAGCACGUUUAAAAUGCUGCAUGACCUCUCUCUGUGUGUCUCACACACACACACACACACCCAAAUACAUUGUUGAAAUUCAAUCUCAAAGUGUAAUAAGAUACACUGAAACUUGUGACAGGUAGACAUCUGUAUGUGGUUCUCAAAGUGAGGGGUUCAUGCCCUUAGAUGGCACAACAGUAGUUCAGUAUCUUCUUCUUUUCCAUUGACCAUAUUCUCCUUAUAAAUCCCACAGUGGGAAAAUGUACUGAUUACACGUCUAUUGAUUUAGUUUAAAAUUCCAUGGUAACAGUUUUUUGUCUCAGUUCUGAGAGAAAAGGUCAACUUAAAACUGCAGUUGUUGCUACACUUUAGCAACUGAUGCAAUCGGACCUCAGUACUGCACAUUCAUGAAGCAAUUCAGAUGUGUACACAACAGCUGUAAUCCUCCUGCUCAGAGGGAGGAUCAGACUGUGGAACUGCCAUGGAGAUCCUCAGUCAUCUAUGAUCAUGAUCAACGUGAAAGAGUUCUGUUUGGUAACUGGACGUGAAUGUUCUAGAAGAAGCCGUUUCACAUCUCUCCUCCAAGAGAAGGCUUCUUCUUCAUGGAGAUGCAUUUAAAAUCUGCGAGGGACCAAGUGGAUCACGAUCAAUGAAGUGCGUCUAAUAAUAAAUACAGGAGUUUUAUUAUUAAUGACGGCGGGCACUAUUGGCUGCCGUAUCUGUGGCAGCAUCUGUAUCCAGUUUAAAGUCGCUGCUGCCUCUACUGUAGCUCAGUGCGCAUCUGACAGUGUGUGCACUCGCAGCACGCAGUGGAAAAGAGACCGACGGCAGGACACGGAGCUCGUCCACGGCAGAGGAGUCUUUAAUGAAGUCAGGGCGAAACAAACACUUCUUCUGCUCCGUCUGCUCGUGGCUCCAUCACUACGCGCCGAGUAGCGGGAUGAAACACACACCCCGAUCUUUAUCGGCAUCAGCAUCGCGGUGAAGAGCCAGGGGUGCGCCGACAGAGACGGUCUCGCACAGAGGAGCUGAGUCCACCCAUCCGAAGACAGACAGACAGACAGACAGACAGACAGACGUCCGUCCACGGGGACUACAGCGGGAUGCUCCAAGAUGUGAGUUAGGCACCAGGGACUGCGUUGGUUGGUUGGUUGGCCGUGCUCCGUCUCCAUGUCAUCAGACUAAAGGUGUUGGCAGCGUGCACACACUGGAGGCGUUCACGGACUCCAAAGGUAAACUUGCAUCACAUCCCUGCGAGGCGCUGGUGCUGAUACAGAAACCUCAGAAACCUCAGUGCUGAAGACGGAGAAGUCGCUGUGACUUCUCGACCAGCUUUUGGAGCCUCCCUUUGGUUUGCAAUAAAGAAGUCCCCAGCUGUGUGACGUCAUGCUGCGCACCAGGUUGAAGAUGGUGGUGGACUCCCUGUGUGGCCGGAGGAGAAGGUUGCCCCUUCUAGCUUCACUCCUCGUGUUGUUCUCCACUGCAGGUGUGCUUCUGUUCCUACACAUCCAGGAUCUGUCAACUCUCCUCAACGAACCACCCAAAGGUACAACAUUCCUGAUCACACCACAGGAGCAGCAGACAGAGGUCAUGAAGGACCCGCCUACAGAAAUGGCCCUGUCCAGUCUGGUCAGUCCGGUCAAGCUUCCACUGAGUCCAGAUCCACUGCCCUCGCUGUCUCAGGAGCAGGAGACAGGCUCUCUCAUUACUGCUAACAGACAACGGAAACUACUGAAAACAAGCCCCCCCCUCAGCCACACUAACAACACCGUAGCCGCUUCUUCGUCCUCAACAACACCGGGAAUUAAUGUACCCGAAAGCUGGAUAGAGCUGGGCAAAAUUCUGAGAGAUCGCAAGAAUCUGAUGGGAGAGAUAUGUGCCAUGUACAAAAGCAACAUCUCCAACACCGUCACAAGUGCGCAAGUGUCGCAGAUCUUUGUGGUUGAUAAAUACAAGCUGAUGUACUGUGAGGUUCCCAAGGCGGGCUGCUCCAACUGGAAGAGGACGCUGAUGGUGCUGGCCGGCAAAGCCAAAAACAUCGAGAAGAUCAACCACGACACGGCCCACUACGCCAACAACCUGCUGAAGCUGAACUACUACGACCUGCAGGGCAUAAUGCACCGUCUGAGGACCUACACCAAAGUCCUGUUUGUCAGAGAACCCAUGGAGAGGAUGGUGUCGGCCUACAGGGACAAGCUCGAAAAUCCUAACUCCUACUACCAUAACUUGUUUGGGAAACCCAUCAUCCGCAAGUACAGACAGAACCCAUCUGAGCAUGCCCUCAAAACAGGGGACGGGGUCACUUUUAAUGAAUUUGUCCAGUAUUUGUUGGACGUCUCCCGCCCGGUGGGAAUGGACAUCCACUGGAAUCCCGUCAACAAUCUCUGCCACCCUUGUCUUGUGGACUAUGACUUCAUUGGCAAGUUCGAAAACAUGGAGGACGAGUCCAACUUUCUGCUGCGAUUGAUCGGAGCGCCAAAUGACUUGAGGAUGCCUACGUUCAAAGACAGGAACCCGAAGGACGUGAAGACUUCUGCAAGUAUUACAGAGACCUACUUCCAACAGGUCAACCUGGAGCAGAGACAGAGAGUCUUUGACUUCUACUUCAGGGACUACCAGAUGUUUAACUACUCCAAGCCUUUCAAAGAUAUAAACUAAACGACUUCUUUGAAGACUUUACGUCACAGUUACAUUCCACGACAUCUAACAUCUUAAUCACAAAUCUUUGAAUGGAGUCCGUCAGUCUUUCUAGCUAUUUACUCCUCAAGGUCUGAUGGACUUGUGUUUGGUUCAUAUAUGUGUCCAGUGUUGCUGAAAAAACCAGCAGACAGUGAAGCUCCUAGGUUUUUUUUUUUUUUGUGGCUUGGAUUUUGUCACGACCUUCUGAGGAUGUCGCCUCCAACAUCCUCGAAGGUCACGUUGAAAAGACGCUGCACUCGUGGUGGUAAUCGUAACGUCUUUUAUCAUUGCCCACAUAAACGUGGGUCUACGUAAAUAUGGGUGAGUCCAAAUACUGUAUAUUAUGAUUUGGUUUUUUUUAAUGCUGCUUUUGAUUAAUUUUAACACAAUGUUCCUGUUUUAAAUCAAAAGUUGAAGUAACAAUAGUUUAUCGGUGGGGUAGAAGAGUUAAUGUUGUGGUUUUUGGCGAGGUCAUUCUUGUAAUCAGUAGGCUUUAAAUAUACACAAUUCCCUGUCAGCCAGACGACCUUUGCUAAUGUGUUUAUUAAUGGACAAACUCACCACAGGUGCCAAACAUACAGUAGGGUUAGGGUUUCAUUCCAAGGUGAAGUUGAAGUUGUUCGAUUCAUGAAGGUUUGUUUUUGGUGUGGAUGUUUGACGGGUUUUUUUUUUUUUAAUUGUCCGCAUUUAUGUUUUGACUUGUACAGAGCGUUAUGGCGCUGACACAGCACAGACACAGAAGAACAUGUAAAGCAGUGACCACGUAAAAGCUUUGUGCAUCUACUGUAGCAUUUUUGUACAUCGGACUAUAUCUCCGGUCGGGUCGCGCUCCACUCAGACCCACUCUACUACGAGUAUUCCUUGGGUUGUCAUAUGCAGGACUUGCAGGGUACUUUGCAUCGUUGCCAAUGUAUUUUCAUAAUAACACUUUACUAUGUCACUGUACGCUGUUCGUUUUUCCUCUGGACAAUUAAAAACCUCUACUUAACGACGUUGGGAUACUCGGAGAAGAAGAAGAAGAAGAAGAUGAAGAGCGACUUGGCGUCUACCUUCACAUUAACUCUGAGAUGACACUCUCCUUCUUUGACAUCGGUUCUUCUCUACUAUACACACACACACACACACACACACGCUUUCCUCCCACUACUGUGUAAAAUUGUACAAUGGGCAUUCAGAUGAUUGUGUAUAUAUAUUUAUAUAGUUCUAUGUAUUUCUAUUAUGCUUCUCUGUGGAGAUGAUGUCGGUUUCCUUUUUGAUGCCACUCUUUGUUGUUUCAGUGACACUACUAUCGUGUUUUCUAUCUGAAGAGUUGAUUUCCAAAAAUGAAAAAAAAAUGAAAAAAAAAGAAGAAAAGAAAAUACCCAGAAACUGACGACAGUGUGGAAAAACAAUAAAUAAAUAAAUAUUUAAAAAUGCAGAUUUGAAGCCACACAGAUUCAUAAAUAAAUCAGUGAAUUUUAAUCUUUAAAAUCUCCAAACGUUUUAUAAUAAAAAAUGGAUAUGUGAAAUUUUGGAAAUGAGCUCUUAAAUAUUAAAUGAGCCCAGUUCUGUUGGGUACUGAUGGAGUCACAGAAAACCCUGUACAAAACAGCUGCAUUCCACCUGGUUGUUUAAAACAUUCAAUUAUAGCCAAAACCACUCACGUUUGUCUGUGUUUCGGUGUGUUUGUAACGAGGUGAGAAAUUAGCAGGAAAUAGGAGAAAAACAAUUUAUCAUUUUAUAUCUGAAUUAUUCAUGACAUUCUAAUCACCCGUGGUUUUAUUCCUCUGUAAAAUACAGUUAAUCGUUUUUUGCAGUUUGAAGAUUAUAUGGGAUAAAAGUUCCAUCGAGGUUUUCACACCGAGGUCUGUUAAAGUGUCGAUAUUUGACCAAAACCAAACAUUUGGAUUAACUGCUUUUUUUUUGCUUAAUUUGCAAAUCACAAAAUAAAAAUUAUGAAGUAAUGACACAACGGGAACUCUAAAAUACAUGUACUCGACUUACGACAAGUGAUGAUAAACCAGAUUGUCACUGGUUUAUGACAUGAGAGGAAAUCAAAGUUGUACAUGUUGGUAAUUAUUUGUUUGUUAAAGUGUCAAAAUUCCUACCUUUACUUAACGACAACUUCCCAAAAAACAAAAAUACCGAAUGACCAAAUCUGUCACAGACCCUAGAGAAAUUUAUCUACGGAAAUAUAUAUGCAUACAUAUAUAUGGACACGUGUUGACAUAUAUACUGUAUUGACGCAUAUAUACAUAUAUCUAUAUAGAAAAUGAUGCACUUUUGAGAUACAAUCUAUUUUUCCACAUAUCCAAAAUCGUAUCUUUUUUUUUGUUUUGUUCUUGUUGCACAUCAGACCACACUGUGACCAAACACGAUGUUUAUGUCACGGGCCGCCAACGUUGUUGAAUGAAGCAUCUGUUCCCGCCCCGUUUGAGGUCAAAUCAACGCGCUUUAGCGAGUUUUCAACAUGAUUCCAUCGACACAUAGAUUCACACCGACAGAAUAUAUAUAUAAAUAUAUGUGGUACAGUAUGUUACACUGGAGGAGAGAAAACUCAAGGUACAUUUAAUCAAGUCUUUGGUCAAAAUCAUCACGGAUUUUAUUGAGUGCAAUUGGUAUGAAUUUGAGAUUGAAAAAAAAAAAAAAAAAAAA